AUGAAGCAUGAUAUCUCGCCAAAGAUAGGAUUACACGAUAUUUGGUGUCUAUGGCUGAGCACAUCGUUUCCUACUCUGGAUGCUGUCCAUAGUCGGCGAAGGUGUGCGGUGGUGAAUGAUAUCUACAUGUUGCGUGCGGCUCGAAUUCGCACUUAUGCCUUCGGCAGACUGCAACAUAUCCCUGAGCACACUCAAGCUUCCCUCCUGCAUUUGAAAUUUAGUUCAUACUUAACAUUUGUGGCUCACAAUUAA